GCUCUUCCGCACAUGCGUGUGGACAACCGCGCGCGACAGGUCCGUGGCGGCGAGCACCAACAGGCCAAAGUCUACAAUCCGUGAACCAACCGACCUGCAUGUAUACGCAUUACUGUACUUUUUGCAUACAGUAUCAACGGGAACAGCGCAACGCCAGUCCGGCAGCGUCCUGACCGCCUCUCGCGCGGGUGGCCCAAGUGUCUCCCAGACGCAGCGCAGACCGGCCCACGAAUGUCGGAGUCCGACACGAAAUAGCUGUGCGCAGAAGCUCUUGAAGAAGGAGCGGCAGCCGUGGCCCGAAUGGACACACCGCCCCGAGGCAAGAUGUCGGAGCGAGUUUCGGUGACGGGACGCGGCGGUGGGCCGGCCUGCUCUCCCCUCCCAGCGCGAUGAUGAUGACGACCCUCUGCGGACCUCACCCCAACCGAGAGAGCCUUGGGUAGCUCAUCCACGCAAGCCAGCCGUCGCAUCAUCUCGGCUCUUGACCACGUCGAAACUCGGCCCCAGUCGUCCCAUUAUAUAUCAUAUCCACCGUGCUGGCCGCCCGAAUCUCCGAGUCAAGCCGACGACUGCGGCAACUGACUGCCCACCCGCCCGCACCGCACCAGGCGCCAUCCCUCCCUCCGUCCCUCCCCCGGCUCGGCAGACAGUCGAUGGUGUUUGAUGGACACGUUGGUGGCUCUUUGCUGUCCAUUCCAUUCCGUUCCAUGUCAUCCAUGGCAUGGCAGGCAUGGCUCAAACGGCCUCAUCCCCUCCGGACCACAGGUGAGGCCAGUCGCCCGGCGUUAAGUCACGAUCCCCGAGUACCAGAGAGAACACCCCCCGGCCGCCGUGCCCACCGAAUCCGCCGGGGUCGGGCCCGGCUUGGCGGCGCCGACAACGGAUUGCUGUCGAGAAACAUUUACAUAACGCAUUGGGCACCACCAUGUCCGCGACGGAGAACCCACGACGUCUGUAUUGUCAGCGUGACCAUGGAGGAUUUUUUCUUUUGGUUUGCGCUGUGGAGGUGUGUGGAGGUUGGCACUGCCCUUUAAACCUCACCCGCCCCUGGGAUGAUGAUGGGUUGGGCCGCCUGACAGAGAGAGCUUUGUCGUCGGCUCGCGCGCUCUCGAGGCCCAUCGCAUCGCAUCGCAUCGCAUCGCAUCGCACCGCAGUCAUCACCACCACCAACAACAUGAAGGCCCUCGUCCUCAAGACCUUCCCCGCCGAGGCCACCGGCCCUGUCGGCGAUGCCAUGGCCUCGGCCUUCCGCGCGCACCUCCUCCGCCUCGAGCCCGACUGCCAGGUCGACGUCUGCGGCCUCGCCGACGACGAGCCCGUCCCGGACCCCCUGUCGUACGACCUCGUCAUCUUCAGCGGCGGCAUCUUCGACCUGCUCUCCCCGGAGCCCCAUCCCGCGUGGGUGGCCCGCGCAAAGGAGGUCGUUCGCGCGGUCGCGGCGGAUGAUGGUGGCCAGGCGGGGAGGAGGACGAAGCUGCUCGGGAUUUGCUUUGGGCAUCAGAUUAUUCACUUGACUCUGGGCGGGCAGUUGGCCGUGCUCGCAGAGGGACCGCGGAUUGGCAUUGAGCAAUUGCAGCUCACUCCAGAAGGCGCGCGGUUCUUUGGCAAAGACAGUCUGCGCCUUCACAAGUUCCACAAGCGGCAAGUCAAGACGCCGGCAGAAGGCUUCGUCGCGCUCGCGCCCGACAACGAGAUCCUGUGCUCGGCAUCCGGCCGGCUGCUCUCCUUCCAGGCGCACCCCGAGCUGUCCGCCGACAUCUCGCACGGGCUGCUCGACAGCGACAAGAAGGGCUUCUACAAGGAAAAGGCGAGGUCAAACCCCAACGUCGUGCUCCGGGACGUGCACAGCGAGCACGACGGCGCGUACGUGUGGUCCAAGAUUGUAGACUGGGUCAGGUCAUGAUGCAUUGCCAUAGCAUAAUAAUAAUAAUGGUCAUGACUCGCGG